CCAUUUUACCGAUUCAAAACAAGAUACGAGAACUUUUACAGCGGUCUAUUCAUACACUCUCGAAUCUGACUAUAGCUUCUAAGUACGAGGACAAGAUCAGAAGUGUCUAGAGCAGCGACCUGCUUCGAUCAUUACAACACCCCGCUUCCCCGCCAUAGCCUGCCUGGUCGAUUUGGAAAACAACGAGUCCGUGUUAGGGAUCUCUGAUCGCUGCAAUGCCAUUCGCGCAGCUUGUGCUAGGUAGUCCAGGUGCUGGCAAAAGCACAUACUGCAAUGGAAUGCAUCAGUUCAUGUCAGCCAUAGGACGGAAAUGCUCCGUGGUGAACCUCGACCCUGCAAAUGAUCGUACAACCUACCCAUGCGCAUUAGACGUUCGAGACCUCAUAAAGCUAGAAGAGAUUAUGGAUGAGGAUAACCUUGGUCCAAACGGCGGCGUGCUAUACGCUCUCGAAGAACUGGAAGAGAAUAUCGAAUGGCUGGAACAGGGACUGAGUGAACUGGGCGAAGACUAUGUACUAUUUGAUUGUCCUGGUCAAGUCGAGCUCUACACACAUCACUCGUCAUUGCGGAACAUCUUCUUCAAAAUACAGAAAAUGGGCUACAGACUUGUAGUUAUGCAUCUGUCCGAUUCAUAUUGCCUCACGCUCCCCUCCCUCUACAUCUCCAAUCUAAUCCUUUCUCUGCGCGCUAUGCUGCAGAUGGACCUCCCACAUCUCAACGUCUUGACAAAGAUCGACAAACUUUCUCAAUACGGUCCCUUGCCCUUCAAUCUUGAUUUCUAUACCGAAGUCCACGAUCUCUCAUACCUACUCCCACACCUACGAGACGAAUCUCCGGUAAUCAGCGCUAAAUUCGAAGGCCUAAAUGCGGCAAUUGUCGACCUUGUGGAAGGUUUUGGGUUGGUAGGAUUCGAAACUUUAGCGGUGGAAGACAAAAGGAGUAUGAUGCAUUUACUCCAAGUCAUAGACCGAGCCGGUGGUUACGCAUUCGGUGGCGCUGAAGGAGCAAACGAUACCGUUUGGCAAGUCGCGAUGCGGGAGGGAGUGACAACUAUGGAUAUAAAGGACGUUCAAGAAAGGUGGCUUGACGCGAAGGACGAGUAUGACGAGCAGGAGAGAAAGGAGUGGGCAGAGCAGGCCAAGAUUCGAGAUGAAGCCGAGAAGGCGAAGGAGGCUGAGCUUGCCGGGGAUGACGACGAUGACGAUCUGGAAAGCAUGCCGUUGCCUGCUGGUGGGAGUGGUAUAAAGAUUGUUAGAAAGAAUCAAUGA